AACUGUAAUUAUGGCAUUAUGCUUUAACACCCCCGCCACAGUAGCCAUGCUUAUCCUUAAUUCCCAAGAAUAUCCCACUCAUCUCUAUUGGUUUUACUUUUACCAUCUCUCUCCUAUAAGAUUCUUGAGUCCUUCCAUUUACAAACCCUUCUUCUCUUCUUCGCCAACCUCCGCUCCGGCCUAAAAACCAUAUGCCAAAAUUUGUCAAAAAUUAGAAAAUUAAGGAAGCGGGGGUGGAAAAUAAAAUAAAAAUCAAACCAUAGCUCUCCUCUCUUUCUCGCCUCUCGCUCUCUCUCGCCCGCUUCCGCCGCUGCCGCCGCGCCGCCGCCGUCUUCCCUAUGUGGCCGCGGGGGCGCAAGGCCUCUGGCGGCGAAGAGCCGGCCGCCCCCCCUCUCGCCUGCCUGGCCCGCUCCUCCUCCUCCUUCCCCACUUUCAGGGGUGUACAUGCCCUCCUCCGCGAGGAGGAGGAUGAGAUCUCUUCCUCCGCCGCUAACAACCCCCGGAGGGCCUCCGUCUUCCACCGCGUCCGGAUCGCCACCGCGGCCCUCCGCGCCUGGCGAUCCAUCCCGGACCCAGGACCCGCUCCCCGCGCCGUCGGCGGCGAGGAAAAGCGGAUCGUGCUCUACUACACCAGCCUCCGCGUGGUCCGCAAGACCUUCGAGGACUGCCGCGCCGUCCGGUCCAUCCUCCGGGGGUUCCGCGUGGCCGUCGACGAGCGGGAUCUGGCGAUGGACUCCGAUUUCCUGGCGGAGCUGAAGGGGCUCCUGGGGCGGCAGGGGGGGCCGCGGCUGGGGCUCCCCCAGGUGUUCAUCGGGGGGCGGUACGUCGGCGGGGCGGACGAGAUCCGGCAGCUGAACGAGUCCGGCGAGCUCAAGAAGCUCAUGGAGGGGGUGGCACCGGCGCCGGCGGGGGCCUGCGAGCGGUGCGGCGGGGUGGCGUUCGUGCUGUGCGGGAGCUGCAGCGGGAGCCGCAAGCGGUACACGGAAAAAGGGGGCGGGGUUUUCCGGAGCUGCCCCGCCUGCAACGAGAACGGGCUCGCCCGGUGCCCCGAUUGCUGCCCUCACGCCCUCUGAUCCAAAUCGGAGGGCUCUUAUUGCGGUUUCAGGUUUCCAUUUCUAAUUUUUGGAGAGAAGAGGAAAGGGGAAGAGGGGAGAGUUUAAUAAGAAAUUAUUAUUUUGUAAUUUACUCAGUUCUUCAUGGUUCUAUAUCCUUUUGGACAAUAGAAGCUGUGGUGUGUAUAAUGGGCAUUAAGUUUGCCAAACAUUAGAGUUUAUUUAAGUUUAUGUUUUAUGAUAUAAAUAGACAAGAACUUCUCAAUUUGGUGCA